AUGGACGCACAGACUCAGGUCGAUAUUAGCAAGCUGAAUGAUGCCGACAAGAACGAACUGAGCCAGAUGUUGGCAAACGAGCAACAAAAGGCCACGAUGCAGCAAACCGUCCAUUCGUUGUCCGAUAUUUGCUGGAAGAAAUGUAUCGCGGGAAAGAUCUCGUCAGGUCGCCUGGAACAAAAUGAGGAAACAUGCGCGCAGAACUGCGUUGAGCGGUGGAUGGAUUCGAACCUUGCGAUCCUGAAGCAUCUCGAAGCUCUUCGUGGAUAA